GCCCUGCUGUGACAACAAUGAAUGGAAAGAUUCCUGUUGAUUUCAGUGGGCAUGGGAUCCAAUUGUAACUGGUGUUCCUGGGAAGAGGUGCCUCUUCCAGCUACCCCACUGAUAAAUCCAGGAAUGGAACGUCGAGGCACAACAUUUGCUGCCUUUGCAGCCCCCGCUUGUCCCUGAGCGAGCUCACAUGAGAGAAGCUCAGCUGCACACAGCAGAGGCCUCGCUCUGGACGGUGGUGGCGACGGUGCAGGCCAUGGAGAGGAAGAUCGAUUUGCUGGCCACGCGCCUGCUGAGCCUGGAGGGGCGAUCGGGGACUGCCGAGAAGAAAUUAAUAGACUGUGAAAAAACAGCAAUGGAGUUCAAUAACCAGCUGGAGAGCAAGUGGGCCGUGCUAGGGUCUCUGAUCCAGGAGUACGGGCUGCUGCAGCGGCGGCUGGAGAACGUGGAGAACCUGCUGAAGAACAGGAACUUCUGGGUCCUGAGACUCCCCCCUGGCACAAAGGGGGAAGUUCCCAAGAUGCCGGUGACGUUUGUGGACGUGGCUGUCUAUUUCUCGGCGGAGGAGUGGAAGAAUUUGGAAGAUUGGCAGAAGGAGCUGUACAAUAACCUGAUGAAGGAGAACUACGAAUCUCUGAGCUCCCUGGACCGUUCCCGCUCCAAAGAGGCCCCUGAGCCCCGCAUCGAACGGGGGGAAGAGCCGUGUGUCCAAGAUCAGCAGUGUUUAAAAGAGAGAGAGAUCCCGCCAGACCCCUGCACAGAAUCCCUGAUGUCAACGCCCGACAUUCUCUCCCGGAUCAAACAGGAGGAGGGGCCUUUUGUCGGGGAGCAUCAGUUCUCGGAGGAGAGGGGAAUCCCCGUGGACCCCUGUGCAGGAGCCGACGCUUUGAUUUCUGCCCAUGACUUUUUAUCCUGGAUUAAACAAGAGGAAGAGCCCUGUGUCCGGGAGCCGUGGGAGUUGGCUGAAAGAGAAAUGCUCACCGGCCCAGGCCCAGAUGGUGCCGUUUCCAAACCUUAUCUGCUAUCCUGGGCGGAAGAGCCAUGUGUCAGGGACCGGGGGGGCUUAGCAGAGAGAAAGAUCCCCGCGGGACCAGGGACAGAGUUUCACGGUUGCCCAGCGGGAGUGGCGAGCCAGAGUGAGCCCAGAGGAGAGGCCUGCGCCCGGAGCCGGCAGGACUCGGAGGAGAGGGAGAGGGUGCUGGUGCUGAGCGUCGGAGGUGGUGAGCUCGUGACCAAACCUGAGGCGCAAUGUUUUGAGGAGCGUCGCCCCGGCCGUGAGCCGAACCAGGCGGCGUUGGAAGGGCGGGAUUUCUGGAGGGCCGAGCAGAGACACCCCCAGCACACCCACGGGGCGGAGGAUCGGUGUGGCGCUACCCUCGGUAAAUCCCCUGCACUCCCAGGCCCGCUCUCAGGGCUGGAACCCCCUUCGGCAGGGUUUCACGGUUGCCCAGCGGGAGUGGCGAGCCAGAGUGAGCCCCGAGGACAGGCCUGCGCCCGGAGCCGGCAGGACUCGGAGGAGAGGGAGAGGGUGCUGGUGCUGAGCGUCGGAGGUGGUGAGCUCGUGACCAAACCUGAGGCGCAAUGUUUUGAGGAGCGUCGCCCCGGCCGUGAGCCGAACCAGGCGGCGUUGGAAGGGCGGGAUUUCUGGAGGGCCGAGCAGAGACACCCCCAGCACACCCACGGGGCGGAGGAUCGGUGUGGCGCUACCCUCGGUAAAUCCCCUGCACUCCCAGGCCCGCUCUCAGGGCUGGAACCCCCUUCGGCAGGGGCAGGGUGCGAGAAGAGCUUCAGCGAGCCGGCGGCCUUGGCCCGGCACCAGAAGUCCCACGCUGCCGGGAGACCCUUCCGGUGCGGGGACUGCGGGAAGGGCUUCUCCUGGAGCUCCCACCUGGAGCGGCACCGGCGCGUCCACACCGGCGAGCGGCCCUUCCAGUGCGCCACCUGCGGGAAGAGCUUCAUGCGCAAGCAGAACCUGCUGAAGCACCAGCGCAUCCACACCGGCGAGCGGCCCUACCAGUGCGGGGCGUGCGGGAGGUGCUUCCGCUACAAGGAGUCUCUCAAAGACCAUCAGCGAACUCACAGGGCCGAGCCUGGGCCGCCCCCCAGCCUGCAGCCAGCCUUAGAGAUCCAGGCUGCACAAGCAGGCACCUCUGUGUGAGGGGGGAAGCAGGGGAGGGGCGCUGGAAACUGAAGAGAAUACUCCACGCUUGGGUGGCAUUUCCCUGACCAGGCCCAGAGGAGGGGAGAGCAGGAAAGCCCUCGGUCUGGUAGUGCCAGGACUCAAGCUAGGGUCUCCUGAAUCCCAGCCACUGUGCUCUAACCACUAGCCCACGCUGCUUCCCCUGCGACGGGAACUUCGUAUGGCUAAAUCCCCCUCUGCUAUCCUGAGCCGUGACAGGCAUCUCCUCUGCGGUGCC